AUGAAAGUAUUCUUCUGCCUUGCCGCGCUGCUCGUGGCUUCUGCCUGCGCUGGCGAUACUGCCGAGAAGGUGCCGUUGGAGAAGAAACUGGACAAGCGUGGUCUGCUCGAUCUGGGCUAUGGCUAUGGACACGCCGGCCUGGAUGUUGGCCAUUUGGGACAUGGUGCCGUCAUUGGCUCUGGCUAUGGCCUGACAGCUCCUGGACAUGGCAUUGCCCUUGGCCAUUCGGGACCUGGCAUUGCCGUCGGCCAUUCCGGACACGGCAUUGCCCUUGGCCAUUCGGGACCUGGCAUUGCCAUUGGACACAGCGGACCCGCCGUUGCCGUCCAACAUCAGCCCUACAUUAUUAGCAAAUCGGCUGAUGUGCACAAGACCAUCACCAUUACCAAGGGUAUUCCGGUGCCCGUGCAUGUGGAUCGCCCCUACCCGGUGGUGCAUGAGAAGCGUGUACCUGUCGAGGUGAAAGUGCCCGUUCCACAGCCCUACGAAGUCAUCAAGAAGGUGCCCGUUUCCGUUAAGGAGUACGUUAAAGUGCCCGUGCAUGUACCACAGCCCUACGAGGUCGUACGCCACGUCAAGGUGCCCAUCCAUGUGCCUGUCGACCGCCCCGUGCAUGUUGAGGUGCCAAGACCAUACCCAGUGCCCGUGGAGAAGCCAUACCCCGUCUACGUUGAGAAGCAAGUCAAGGUGGAGGUGCCUGUCUAUGUGGAUCGUCCAUAUCCAGUGCCAGUGGCCAGGCCUGUGCCUGUGCACGUUUCCGUGCCAGUGGUCUCCGGACACUCAGUGAUCAAGCACGCACCCGCCGUCUCUGUGAGCAGCUAUCCCGUGAGCAGCCUGGGCAUCUCAUCAAUUGGCCACGACGCCAGCGUUUAUGCCGACCAUAGCGGCUACCACAAGUAG